GCGGAAGCGGCUGGGGAAGGAAUAGAGGUGUUGAGUGUGGAUAUUGGAGGGGACAUUGGUGGACGGCACCACCUGUAAUCUACUAUGUCCCUGACUUCAUCUCCAAGGAAGAGGAGGAAUAUUUGCUUCGACAGUAGACAGAGGUGGGCUUUGGGGCCAGAAGCCUCCACAGGGGAAAGGACAAACAGCAAAAUCUUGGGAACACUCAAUUGCAGAGAAUCCCACAGGUACUGAGAUGACUCAUUUUCACCUCAGGUCUUCAAUGCCCCAAAGCCAAAGUGGACGCAACUCUCUGGAAGGAAGUUACAGAACUGGGGUGGGCUCCCUCAUCCCCGGGGGAUGGUCCGUGAGCGGCUUCCUCUAUGGCUCCAGCGCUACGUGGACAGAGUAUCUGACCUCAGUCUUUUUGGGGGUCUCCCAGCCAACCACGUCCUUGUGAACCAGUAUCUGCCUGGGGAGGGCAUCAUGCCCCACGAGGACGGGCCACUGUACUACCCGACCGUCGGCACCAUCAGCCUGGGCUCCCACACCAUGCUGGACCUCUACGAGCCGCGGCAGCCAAAGGAUGAUGACCCUACAGAGCAGCCCCGGCUCCCUCCCCGGCCAGCCACCUCGCUGCUGCUGGAACCCCGUAGCCUGCUGGUGCUCAGGGGCACCGCCUACACGCGCCUCCUCCAUGGGAUCGCAGCUGCCCGGGAAGACCAGCUUGAUACCGCCUCCCUGCCACUCAACGCUGCUGCCUGCCCCUCAGCACAGCCGGGGGCCUGCUUGGUCCGCGGCACCCGCAUCUCGCUGACCAUCCGCCGGGUGCCCCGGGUGCUGCGCGCCGGCCUUCUCCUAAGCAAGUGACACCUGGCCCCAGGACCUGCCAGGCUUCCUGGGCUGCUGACUGGAGAACUGGGACCCUGCAACCUUGAAACCCUGGGGCAGAGGCGGCUCCCCUGAGUUAUUUAUUUCCCCAAUAACUUUGUGAGAAGGUCUCACAAAGAAAAAGGUCUCAUUUCAAAUAAACCAACCAAAAAAAAAAAAAAA